GGGAGAGAGAGAGAGAGACCAUUAAAAAGCAAAGCAGGCCCUCCCGGGCCUUUUACACGUGAUAAAGAAAAAACCAAAAGCAAUUGCAUGCGUGUAUGAGUUUCAUAAGCUCUUCCGCUUCUCUCUCUCUUUCUGAAUCCCCACAAACCCAUCUUUUGUUUCCACUUUCUCUUCUCUUUCCAUCUCCUCACGUUCUCUGGCAGCUAUCUUUUGAGUUUCGCGGUGUUUGAUUGAAGGGCAUUGGUUUUUCAAUGAAAGCUACUGUUGUCUUUCUGCCCCUUUAAUUCUUGUUGAGUUGUGUUGUAACUGUACAGAUUGUCUGAAACCUGAGAUAAAAGAAGGCGGAGUCGUUUACUUGGUGAAGCCGUGAAGGCCUUUUUGCAUAAACGGCGUUAAGCAUAUAAAUUUCAGUCGCCAUGCCCGUAAGACAGAUGAAAGAAAGCUCAGAGCAGCACCUUGUGAUCAAACCCCAAAUCCACUCCAUGAAUCCGUUUCAAAAGACACCAAAAACUGCUCAGAAUGGCAAAGGCCCACCUCGUCAAGAACCCCAUAAUACUACCGCUGAACAACACCCUUCACCUCCUUCAAGGAAUAGAGGUAGGAGGAGAGGAAGAGGUGGCCGAAAAUCCGACCAAGGCGAUUCUGUCAUGCGACCAACUUCCAGGCCCUGCACCAUUGCUCAUAAACCGGUUGCAGGUCACUCUGUUGAGACUCUGUCAACCGAAAUUUCAAGUGGAUCUUCCGAUGGGGGUCAUGUUUGUGAAAUGGAGAUGGCUUUUCCUUCUUCAAGCAAAGCUUUGAGAUUUGCCCCAAGGCCUGGGUACGGUCAAGUAGGGACAAAGUGUAUAGUAAAAGCCAACCAUUUCUUUGCAGAGUUACCAGACAAGGACCUGAACCAGUAUGAUGUUACCAUUAUUCCUGAAGUGGUUUCAAAGUCUAUGAGUAGAGCUAUCAUGGCCGAGCUUGUGAAACUGUAUAGAGAGUCGGACUUGGGAAUGAGAUUGCCUGCAUAUGAUGGAAGAAAGAGCCUAUACACAGCAGGAGAACUCCCCUUUGCUGCCAAGGAAUUUAAUAUCAAACUUGCGGAUGAAGAUGAUGGAAUCAGUGGUCCAAAAAGGGAGAGAGAAUAUAAAGUGGUGAUCAAAUUUGUUGCUCGAGCAGACUUGCACCAUUUGGGCCAAUUUUUAGCUGGUAAACGUGCAGAUGCCCCACAGGAAGCUCUUCAGAUUCUUGACAUUGUACUAAGAGAACUCUCAACUAAAAGGUACUGCCCUGUUGGGAGAUCUUUCUUUUCUCCUGAUAUAAGAAGGCCACAGCGGCUUGGGGAAGGAUUGGAGUCAUGGUGUGGGUUUUACCAAAGUAUAAGACCAACACAGAUGGGUUUGUCCUUAAAUAUUGAUAUGUCAUCUGCAGCAUUUAUUGAGCCUCUCCCUGUAGUUGAGUUUGCUGCUCAACUUCUGGGCAAGGAUGUUCUGUCAAGGCCCUUGUCUGAUUCUGAUCGUGUAAAGAUCAAAAAAGCUCUAAGGGGAGUGAAAGUUGAGGUGACUCAUAGAGGAAAUGUGCGAAGAAAGUACCGAGUUUCAGGACUAACAUCACAACCUACAAGAGAACUGGUGUUUCCUGUUGAUGACAAAUCAACAAUGAAAUCGGUAGUUGAAUAUUUUCAAGAAAUGUAUGGCUUCACCAUUCAACAUUCACAUCUUCCUUGCCUUCAAGUUGGGAAUCAGAAGAAGGCAAACUAUUUGCCAAUGGAGGCCUGCAAAAUUGUUGAGGGGCAGCGAUAUACAAAAAGACUGAAUGAAAGGCAAAUAACUGCUCUUCUGAAAGUUACAUGCCAAAGGCCUAGGGAUCGGGAAAAUGACAUUUUGCAGACAGUUCAACAUAAUGCUUAUGACCAAGAUGCAUAUGCAAAGGAGUUUGGGAUCAAAAUCAGUGAGAAGCUAGCUUCUGUUGAGGCUCGGAUUCUGCCUGCUCCUUGGCUGAAAUAUCAUGAUACUGGGAAGGAAAAAGAUUGUUUACCUCAAGUUGGUCAGUGGAAUAUGAUGAACAAGAAAAUGAUUAAUGGAAGCACUGUCAACCGAUGGGCAUGUAUCAAUUUCUCAAGGAGUGUUCAAGAAAGUGUUGCUCGUGGAUUUUGUAAUGAGCUGGCUCAAAUGUGUCAAAUAUCUGGCAUGGAAUUCAAUACAGAGCCUGUGAUCCCAAUCUAUACAGCAAAGCCCGAACAAGUAGAGAAGGCUCUGAAGCACGUUUAUCAUGCAUCAAUGAACAAACUCAAAGGGAAAGAGUUGGAGCUACUCCUAGCAAUAUUACCUGAUAGCAAUGGUUCCCUAUAUGGUGAUCUCAAGCGGAUAUGUGAAACAGAUCUAGGUUUAAUAUCACAAUGCUGUCUGACAAAGCAUGUCUUCAAGAUUAACAAGCAGUAUCUGGCUAAUGUGGCACUGAAAAUCAAUGUUAAGAUGGGAGGAAGAAAUACUGUUCUUUUGGAUGCCAUCAGCUGGAAGAUACCAUUGGUUAGUGAUAUACCAACCAUAAUAUUUGGAGCAGAUGUCACUCAUCCAGAAAAUGGAGAAGACUCCAGCCCCUCAAUUGCUGCUGUAGUAGCUUCUCAAGACUGGCCCGAAGUCACAAAAUAUGCUGGUCUGGUUUGUGCCCAAGCUCAUAGACAGGAGCUCAUACAAGACUUGUACAAAACCUGGCAUGAUCCUGUACGUGGCACUGUCAGUGGUGGAAUGAUUCGGGACCUAUUGAUUUCCUUUCGGAAGGCAACUGGGCAAAAGCCACUAAGGAUUAUAUUCUACAGGGAUGGUGUGAGUGAAGGGCAAUUCUAUCAAGUUCUACUCUACGAGUUAGAUGCAAUUCGGAAGGCUUGUGCCUCACUAGAACCAAACUACCAACCACCAGUGACUUUUGUUGUGGUCCAAAAAAGACAUCACACAAGACUAUUUGCUAACAACCACAAGGAUCGUAGUAGCACUGACAAGAGUGGAAACAUCUUACCUGGCACAGUGGUUGACUCUAAAAUAUGUCACCCUACAGAGUUUGACUUUUACCUCUGCAGCCAUGCUGGAAUUCAGGGAACGAGUAGACCAGCCCAUUACCAUGUUCUGUGGGAUGAGAACAAUUUUACAGCAGAUGGAAUUCAAUCCUUGACCAAUAAUCUUUGUUACACGUAUGCAAGAUGUACACGUUCUGUCUCUGUUGUUCCUCCUGCAUAUUAUGCACAUUUAGCAGCAUUUCGAGCUCGGUUCUACAUGGAACCAGAUGUGCAGGACAACGGUGGUGUUUGUCAAGCAUCAGCCCGGACUACUCGAGAAAUGGGGGAGUCAGGUGUUAGGCCGUUACCAGCCCUCAAGGAGAAUGUGAAGAGGGUAAUGUUCUAUUGUUAAGUGAUAUGAAGGUGAUAUGGUUUUGGGAAAAGAGUGGUUGAAUGUGGUUUCCAUAUUCCACUCUUCCAUCUCUGUAAUUCCCUCCUUGUAUUUAUUAUUAUUAUUAUUAUUAUUAAUGUAAGGUUAAUAGGUCCGAUUUUAAAUUAGCUGAUCA